CAAGCAGCAAAAGGCAGCAGCGUGCGAACUGGUGUGAGCGUUUGCUGCUACUCAACAAAGAAAUUGCUACCCAUCCACUAGCAAUCCAAAGAGCCAUUGAUCUGCAGAUUGCAGAAAAUGGAGGGAGCACUUGUCACCUCCAACUUCAGCAUGUCUGAUCUCUACCCCGCCAAAGCCAAUGCUGCUCAUGCUCCGAGAUCGAGGAGGCUCUCCUACAUCUCCCCUGCUGCCUCUUCUGCUGCUGCUCCGAACCCCAGCUACAGACGGAGGAAGGGCACGUCGCCCCCGCCGCCGUCGACUGCCGCCACCGCCACCGCCCUCACCUCGCCGCCCAAGCCGGUCGAGCAGCAAGAGACGGAAGAGCACCUGGUCGACACGUCGACAAACAAUGCAACUGGUACACGAGUGGCUACCGCGAGAACGAGCAGGGCAACCGAUGCGCCUCGGUCGUCCAGGCCUCGCCGCCGGCCUACUGCUUCGCUACAGGCGGCGUUCUGCAACGCGCUGGAGGAGGCGAUCAACACGUUCGUCGACCCGCCGGUGCUGCGGCCGUCGGUGGACCCGCGGCACGUGCUGUCCGCCAACUUCGCGCCCGUGGACGAGCUGCCGCCCACGCCCUGCCCCGUGGUGCGCGGCGUCAUCCCGCGCUGCCUCGCCGGCGGCGCCUACAUCCGCAACGGGCCCAACCCGCAGCAUCUCCCGCGCGGGCCGCACCACCUCUUCGACGGCGACGGCAUGCUGCACUCUCUGCUCCUCCCGACGGCGCCCGACUCCGACCCCGUCCUCUGCUCCCGCUACGUGCAGACGUACAAGUACAUCGUGGAGCGCAACGCGGGCGAGCCGGUCUUGCCCAACGUCUUCUCCGGCUUCCACGGCCUGGCCGGGAUGGCGCGCGGCGCCGUCACGGCGGCCAGGGUGCUGACAGGCCAGAUGAACCCGAUGGAGGGCGUGGGGCUCGCCAACACCAGCCUCGCCGUCUUCGGCGGCCGCCUCUACGCGCUCGGCGAAUCGGACCUCCCGUACGCCGUGCGCGUCGACCCGGCCACCGGUGAGGUGACCACGCUCGGCAGGUGCGACUUCGGUGGCCGCCUCAGCAUGGGCAUGACCGCGCACCCCAAGAAGGACCCCAUCACCGGCGAGCUCUUCGCGUUCCGCUACGGCCCCAUGCCGCCGUUCGUCACCUACUUCCGGUUCGACCCGGCAGGGAACAAGGGCGCCGACGUGCCCAUCUUCUCCGUCAAGCAGCCGUCUUUCCUGCACGACUUCGCCGUGACGGAGCAUUAUGCGAUAUUCCCGGAGAUACAGAUCGUGAUGAACCCCAUGGGCAUGGUGGUGGGCGGCGGCUCGCCCGUCGGGGCGGACCCCGGCAUGGUGCCUCGCCUCGGCGUGAUCCCCAAGUACGCCGCGGACGAGUCGGAGAUGCGGUGGUUCGAGGUGCCGGGGUUCAACAUGAUGCACUCGGUGAACGCGUGGGAGGAGGCCGGCGGCGAGGAGAUCGUGAUGGUGGCGCCCAACAUCCUGUCCAUCGAGCACACGCUGGAGCGCAUGGAGCUGAUCCACGCCUCCGUGGAGCUGGUGCGCAUCAACCUCCGCACCGGCAACGUCACCCGCACGCCGCUCGCGGCGGCGAACCUCGACUUCGGCGUGAUCAACCCGGGCUGCCUUGGCCGCCGCAACCGCUACGGCUACUUCGGCGUGGGCGACCCCAUGCCCAAGAUCGGCGGGGUGGCCAAGCUCGACUUCGACCGCGCCGGCCACGGCGACUGCACCGUGGCGCGCCGGGACUUCGGGCCGGGGUGCUUCGCCGGGGAGCCGUUUUUCGUCCCCGACGACGUCGAGGGGAACGGCGACGAGGACGACGGCUACGUGGUGUGCUACGUGCACGACGAGGGCACCGGCGACAACCGGUUCGUGGUGAUGGACGCGCAGUCGCCCGAGCUGGACAUCGUCGCCGAGGUGCAGCUUCCCUCCCGCGUCCCCUACGGCUUCCACGGCCUGUUCGUCACGAAGGCCGAGCUCCGGUCACAGCAUCAAUGAUCAUCAGAUUCAGGCACACCACUGCCAGAUGUUUCCGCGCCAUGGAUUGAUCGCGCGAUGUAUAAUAGUAGACCAACAGAGUGGUGCAUGGGUAGGUCAUGUAUAGGAUCCCAUGACAUACACAUAGGUGAAAUUGGUAUCUCAUGUGUAGCAUUUACAUUUUUACAAGAAAGAACUAUCGGUGAAAAACAUACCUGCAGUACAAAAAAACA